ACGCUGCUCUGACGUCAGCGCGUACUCGGUGCGUAGCAUCGUGGUCGUGCCUGCCCUUCACGUCCGUCCACAUCCUACCAGGCUCUACUCCCAAACGCAGCGCGACGAUGGCCCUUCUCAAGUCCAACAAGUUGAUCUACUGUCUGGGGAACAUUUCCCCGUCCCUGGGAGUCCUGUCCACCCGCAACAGCUCAUGGUGGGGUGGAGUGCAGAUGGGUCCCCCUGAUCCCAUCCUGGGGGUCAGCGAGGCUUUCAAGAGGGACUCCAACCCCAAGAAGAUGAACCUGGGAGUGGGAGCCUACAGGGAUGACCAGGGCAAGCCCUUCGUGCUCAGCUGUGUCCGCAAGGCAGAGGCUAUCAUUGCAGACAAACAGCUGGAUAAGGAGUACCUUGCCAUUGGUGGUUUGGCAGAGUUUAACAAGUCCUGCGCCCAGCUGGCUCUUGGUGAAAAUAGUGAGGUGCUGAAGAGUGGCAGGAACAUCACUGUCCAGACCAUCUCAGGAACUGGAUCUCUGCGCAUUGGAGCCAACUUUUUGUCUCGCUUCCACGGAGGCCCACGUGAUGUGUAUCUGCCCAAACCUUCCUGGGGAAACCACACACCCAUCUUCAGAGAUGCUGGCAUGCAGCUCAAAGCAUACAGAUACUACGACCCAUCCAACUGUGGCUUUGACUUCAAGGGAGCUCUCGACGACAUCUCUAAAAUCCCAGAGCAGAGUGUGAUCAUGUUGCACGCUUGUGCCCACAACCCCACUGGUGUGGACCCCAGGCCUGAGCAGUGGAAGGAGAUUUCUGAACUUGUGAAGAAAAGGAACCUGCUUGUGUUCUUCGACAUGGCCUAUCAGGGCUUCGCCAGUGGAGACAUUGACCGUGAUGCCUGGGCUGUGCGCUACUUCAUCGAGCAGGGCCACAACGUCCUGCUGUCCCAGUCCUUCGCCAAAAACAUGGGUCUCUAUGGUGAGCGUGUCGGAGGCUUCACUGUGGUGUGCAAGGACGCAGAGGAGGCAAAGAGAGUGGAGUCUCAACUGAAGAUCCUCAUCAGGCCCAUUUACUCCAACCCACCAAUGAACGGCGCCAGAAUUGCAUCAACCAUUCUCAACUCACCAGAUCUGCGCUCACUGUGGCUAGAAGAGGUCCACGGUAUGGCUAACCGCAUCAUUAAGAUGAGAGAACAGCUGGUGGCUGGUUUGAAAAAGGAGGGCUCCACCCACAACUGGCAGCACGUCAUCGACCAGAUCGGGAUGUUCUGCUUCACAGGCCUCAAACCCGAACAGGUUGAACGCCUGACCGGUGAGUUCUCGGUGUACAUGACCAAGGAUGGCAGAAUUUCCAUGGCAGGCGUGACCUCUGGGAAUGUGGGCUACCUGGCAAACGCGAUCCAUGCAGUCACCAAGUGAAGUGGAUCCUGCCGGGACAGCUACGCAAUCAAAGCAGCAAUGUUAAAGAGGAGCUUUAUGUGUCGCUAAUGUCUGUCUCCUCCAUUCCACCUUUUUAGAAAAGAGCUCAGUAUUUAGUUAGACAUUUUCUUUAUUGGAUUCAUCAAGUUCAACUUGGAAUGGUUGCUGCUGUUCAACGGUUUAGGUUAAAAACAUUUUAUGAACUGGCUCCCCUGCCAAAUUGUAAAAGACAUGUUUGCUUCCAGUACUGACAGAUCAUCGUUGCUUAUUUAUUAUGUGGAAUCAACAUUUGGCUGUGCAUUAGUGUCCUCCUAAAUGUGUGCUGUUUAUCUGCUGUGGGCUCACUCACUAUAAAACAUCAAGGAUUUUCUUUUUCUUCUUUUGUGGAGGUCAUAGCACUUUAUAAGCUGUAACGCCCCCUUUUUAUUUGUCAAUCAGGUCAUCACUUUACUGUCAGGCUAAUCUGUGGCACUUCCCCUGACCUAAUCAGUCACCCACUAAUCACCCCAUUAUCUAUGUUUGGAAUUUGUCCGUCUAUCCCUCUUCAGGAGAAUGUGUGAAUCAAUUUUGGGUUUCAGUCCAGUUUGGUGGCAGAGCAGCAGUCUCAGUCAGUCCCUUUUAACCCCUGAUACAAACAAGCACACAAGUCAAAACGAGUUAAACUCAGUUCAGAGACUGAUCAAUACUUUGAAUGAAAUCCCCAAAGAAGAGUUUUUCUUCAUAUUGCACCAAAGCCCCAAUUUAAACGUCCCAUUUCUUAUUUUCUUUUCAUGAUUGAGUCAUUGUAUUUCAUACAAAUGUCUCACUGUGUGAACUCACUGAUUGGGGUUCAUGAAGAAAUGUGCACAUGCUUCUCAUUCACUCAUUCUUUGCAUGGAUCUGUUCAUCAUUGAGACUGUCAGACACAAGUGGCAUUUAGAAAUGUGGGGUUUGUACCAGUCUGCACAUACUUCUGAAACAUCUGGCACUUCGCCUCCACGUUUUGCAUUCUGUCAUAACAUAAUGGAUCAGUGGUCAUGUACCUUAUUGAACAAACAAUAAACGGUUAUAGAGUAAUUAA